UUUGGUGAUCGUAUGGAAGGCGUUUGACUUCACCGCCCGUGGGGACAUUAGUUAGUACGUUGCCUGACGUCGCCUCGUCCUAAUUGCGCCCUGGCGAGAAGCUGGUUGGGUUUAGCGGCUUGAGGUUUUCCUCCUACUUAAACCUUUGUCUCCGAUGGCUUGGUGAACCAGAAAUCGUGUUGAAGCUUCGCAUAAGGCUUUUGUCCGUUUCUACUGCCAGCGUUCUCAUGGAAUGCUCGUCAUCAUGAAGAGAGUUACUAGAGAGGUUGACAUAUGCGAGCUUUUACACUUUAUCAGAAUGUUUCCCUUUGAUAUUGACCGCUUGAGAUAAUUCACUCUGCUUCAUUCUAAUCUGCUAAUUAAUUCUUAUCCAAAUGCUUAGUUUGGUGUGGAGUUAGUAGCGGCAAAGCAAAUCCAAAUUGUUGCUUACAAAAAAAUAAUGGCUUUUGUUUUGAUCUCUUGUGCAACACGUAGAUCUAUUAAAUCUUAUUUCCCUUCUUCUGGCUCAUCAGUGUCUCGAUGCCUCUCAAUAUUUGAUCCUUCCGUCCCCACUCAAUCAUCUGUUAAUCUAAUUCCUACUCCGAAACCUUGCCUUUCAAAUCUUCCAUUCAGUCCAUUCAGGCAAUCCGUCCCUCAGAUUUUUAAUUCUGAAUUGUAUAGAACUAUUAGACUUCAUCCAGAUUUCUGUUUUGUUGCAACCAUCUCUACGUCUUCUGGUGUGGGAGGGGAUUCUAAGGAACAAAAGAAUUCAAGUGGGAAAGAAAAUGACGCAAGACUUCCAGCAGCCAACCUCUCUUGGAUUGAUUUAUAUCUUCCGAGGCAGGUUCAGCCAUAUGCUCAACUUGCUCGGCUUGACAAGCCAAUUGGAACGUGGUUGCUUUUAUGGCCUUGUAUGUGGUCAAUUACAUUAGCAGCAGCUCCAGGGCAUCUUCCUGAUUUUAAAAUGUUGGCGCUGUUUGGAUGCGGUGCAUUACUUUUAAGGGGCGCGGGUUGUACUGUCAAUGAUCUUCUUGAUCGGGAUAUUGAUACAAAGGUAGAGCGUACAAAGGUCAGACCAAUUGCAAGUGGUCAUCUGACACCAUUUCAAGGGCUUUGUUUUCUCGGUCUUCAAUUGCUUUUGGGUCUUGGGAUUCUUCUGCAACUAAAUAAUUAUAGUCGUGUCUUGGGAGCUUCAUCUUUGUUGCUUGUCUUUUCCUAUCCUCUCAUGAAGAGGUUUACAUUUUGGCCUCAAGCCUAUCUUGGGCUGACCUUUAACUGGGGGGCUUUAUUAGGAUGGGCUGCUGUGAAGGGAAGCCUGGAUCCAGCUAUCGUGCUUCCACUUUAUGCCUCUGGAGUUUUCUGGACUCUUGUGUAUGAUACAAUAUAUGCUCAUCAGGAUAAAGAAGACGAUGUGAAAGUGGGAGUUAAAUCAACAGCUUUGCGCUUUGGUGAGUCAACAAAGAAGUGGAUUUCUGGGUUCGGCGUUGCAUGCAUUGGUAGUCUUGCCUUUAGUGGAUUUAAUGCUGAGAUUGGCUGGCCAUAUUAUCCUUUUCUGGGAGCUGCAUCUGGGCACCUGAUCUGGCAAAUUUGGACAGUUGACCUUUCAUCGCGUUCUGAUUGCAACAAGAAAUUUGUCUCCAAUAAGUGGUUUGGAGCUAUAAUAUUUGGUGGAAUCCUCGCUGGCAGGCUUGCAUCAUAGCGGGCUAGUAUGUUCUCAGACUCGAUUCAUCAUGACCAAGCUUCAUCAAUUAGUUCCCAACAUAAUAUUUAUGCAAAAUGAAUUAGUCAUCAGCACUCUUGGUUCUUUUUCUUCUUAGGAUUAUAUGGCUUUUAGGGGGUGGAAGAUGUUCUGGGCGCUUCAUUUAGUGGAGAUGAAGUAAAUGGAUUGGAGCUUCACUCUGAUGGAAAAUUGGAUUUCUCAGUUGUUUUUGCUCGGUUUAAUAAUGCCUUAACUAACCGGAUAAUUCACAUGUGACUUCAGUCUCAGAGCUAGUGGGGCGGAAAAAGAUUCCUUCUUUAAUACAAACAAAAAAUGGGAUAUAUAUGAUGUCUAUUGUGUCAAAGUUAUAUAAUCAUUUAAACAGUGACUAUCUCUUUAUUAUUCCUUUUCUAUCAAGAAUAAUAGUUGUGUCGUUUUUCAUCCCUAACAUUGGGUUUCUUCCAAACGGUGCGAGUUUGAAUUAUUUGGUGCAAAUCUUGCCUUCUAGAAAGAUUAGUUUUUGGUGGAGAAUAUUCUGUAUUUAGGGGAAAAAACCACAGGAAAAGGUGUUUUCUUAGGUAGGUAAACAGGUUUAGACAGGUGAGAGAAGUUUUAAUGGGCAUCAUUGUUAUUUGCUGUAUUAUUUGAUAUCAAUCAAGAAAAGGAAUCUCAAGGUGUAUUAUUGUGAAAAUUUCCACA